GCAUUCCAUAAACACUACCUUAUCAAUUGAUCUCUCAUUCUCUUUCCAACCACCCAAAGACAGCAAAAGCCAAAAGGAACAAAAGAAACAUAGAAACAUUUCCAACUUUCUAUAGAAACAAUGGCACCAGUGAAAACUCUUAAAUAUCUAGCUCAAGAAAAGACCCUCGAGUCUAGUUUCAUUCGAGAUGUAAGUGAGCGUCCAAAAGUUGCAUACAAUAAUUUCAGCAAUGAGAUUCCAAUCAUUUCUCUCGCCGGAAUCGACGAUGUCGAUGGCCUCAGAAUAGAGACUUGCAACAAGAUUGUGGAGGCUUGCGAGAACUGGGGUAUCUUCCAAAUUGUUGAUCAUGGUGUAGAUCAAAAGCUCAUUUCUGAGAUGACCCGUUUGGCUAAAGGGUUCUUUGAUUUGCCACCGGAGGAGAAGCUUCGGUUUGACCUCUCCGGUGGUAAAAAGGGUGGCUUCAUAGUCUCUAGUCAUCUUCAAGGAGAACCAGUGAGAGAUUGGAGAGAGAUGAUGAUCUAUUUUUCAUAUCCAAUUAAACAAAGAGACUAUUCAAGGUGGCCAAACAAGCCAGAAGGAUGGAAAGAGGUGACCGAACAAUACAGUGAAAAGCUAAUGAGUUUAUCAUGCAAGCUAUUGGAAGUGUUAUCUGAAGCUAUGGGGUUAGAAAAAGAAGCUCUUACAAAAGCAUGUGUUGAUAUGGAUCAGAAGCUUGUGAUCAAUAACUAUCCAAAAUGCCCUCAACCUGACCUAACUCUUGGACUGAAAAGACACACUGACCCUGGCACUAUUACUCUAUUGCUUCAAGACCAAGUGGGUGGUCUUCAAGCUACAAGAGAUAAUGGUAAGACAUGGAUCACUGUUAAGCCAAUUGAAGGUGCUUUUGUUGUCAAUAUUGGAGAUCAUGGUCAUUAUCUAAGUAAUGGACGGUUCAAAAAUGCUGAUCACCAAGCAGUGGUGAAUUCCAACUAUAGCCGUUUAUCCAUAGCAACAUUCCAAAAUCCAGCACCAGAUGCAACUGUGUACCCUUUGAAGAUUAGAGAUGGAGAGAAAUCUGUGAUGGAAGAACCAAUCACUUUUGCUGAAAUGUAUAGGAGGAAGAUGAGCAAGGACCUUGAGAUUGCUAGGAUGAAGAAGCUUGGUAAGGAAGAAAAAGAACUUAGGAACCUAGAGAAGGCAAAACUUGAGCCCAAACCAUUGAAUGAGAUUCUUGCUUAGACUUGCAGAAUUAUGAUAUAGUAAUUAUUCUCUAUAAAUUGUUUUUCCUACGGUGAGUAACUAUGUUUAAUUUGUCCUUUUGGAAGAUGUAUUUUAUGCAUUUGAUUGUGUACCUUAUCUAUUAAUAAUACAUUUUAAGCUCUAUUACGCACUCUCGAA